AAAGCGUAAUUAGCCCAAAAAACUUGAGGUUUUUAAUACGCAAAUCUAUUUGGGGAUAUAUUUUGACAAAUAUUCAGAAAAUGGAAUCAUAUAUCGCCCGUUUUCCUUUCUUUGUGGUUUCGUUUCUCUUUGUUUCUCUUAGUCAUGAAAAGUUUUGGGGUCCAUGGCCCUCAAGCCAAUGAUUUGUAAUUUAUUCAAUAUGCUUAAUGGACGAUGAAGGUUAGGUCAGUAGGUAGGCAGAAAUAAAACAAAAAUACGGAACAUAUGGAAAUAUAUAAUCUUUAUACAGCGCUUCAUACAUCAGAACGUCGUAUAUAGGCAAGGUUGCUUAGGUGGUGCGUUACAGAUAGGUGAAAUCAUUGGCGGAGGGAGAAGUGGGACGGUAUAUGACAAUAUGAUGAUGGAAGAUGAAUUUAUAUUUGUUAUGGAAAAUGGUGUAAAAGAGAAAGAGGCAGUGAGGGUGAGCAGAUAUUGAAGAGCGGGGAAGGAGAGAAAGAGAAAGAGAGAGAGCUAAAGAGAGAAAGGGGAAGAUAGAGUAGAUAGGGGGCAGGGAUAUUGAUGCGAGAUAGUAUAUGAAAAAGGGAAAGAUACAGAGAGAUGGGAGGAAGGAGGCCUGAAACUGUUUGAUGACUCACGAUCACGUCCUCCUCCGUUCGGGAAGGCGAGCGACGGCCUGUUCUGUGCCUCACAAAUGACAUAGGUGCACUACACCGCAAACGAGCCAACCAGCACGCCAACAAAACCAGGCAACCAGCCAGCAAAUCACAACCGAGGAAGGACUGCGAUCCCUUCAAGCUCUCUACUUAAAGAGUCGUUGGUAACUAGUCACUGUGAGAUGGACGUUUUGCGUUGGACACACUCUUGAUUCAUUUCUGCGUUGUUUGAUUUGACGCAGGGGAAGGAUGACGAAUGCUCUUAGUGAUUUAUAUCUUGGUAGAUACAGUUUGUACCAUCAAUGUCUAGUGAUACGAUGACUUAUUGAAUUUUAAUAACAGAGCUAUCCAGCCUGGAGUUGAUCAUCUGGCGGUAUUUGCUUUCUUUGGGAGAACACUUAUUCGUUUGGAGGGUAUAUCUAGAUGGGGAUCAUUACUUGCCAUACUCAUGACGGCGGUGCAAUGGAUAGCUUAAAUAUAAUACUGUGUUUGGUGUGUCUGAUUGUUAAACUUGCAUCUGUGUCGGCCCAGGAAGUGGCAUACAUGAUAGCUUCCGAGGAGGUCAAUGUACAACGAGGCGAUACGGCGGUCCUUCCCUGUGUUCUUGAUCCGACGCAGAAUGCCUUCGUCAUCUGGCGCCGUCUGGACCCACUCAUUGACCUUAGUCUGGGUGUCAUGUUGGACAGCAAUCUAGAUCCUGGUUUGAAAGAGAGAGUUAGGAUCGUCGCCAAUCGACAAGCAGGGGAAUACAAUCUCGAAAUCAUGGACGUUCGGGUGAGCGACGAAAGUUCAUAUAAGUGUGACGUUAUUUUCGGUUUGAUGACAUCGAGGACAGUCAGCACAUCGGUGCGAUUGAAUGUGUAUGUUCCACCAGAAGAAGGGUUUCCGCUAUGUGACGUCAAUCCGGCGAUACCGUUAAAGAAGGGAAAGGUGGUGACGAUGUCAUGUUCAACAAGAGGUGGACAUCCACCCUCCAAGGUUACAUGGUACCGUGGAAGAAACCCUGUCACUACUGCAGCUGAAAACGAACAACAGCUUCGAUGGAGACUGACAGACAGUGAUUAUGGCGUUCAGUUUACCUGCAUCGAGACGCAUCCAGCUCUACCUGGUGUCAGGGAAUGUAGCGUGGUGCCCCUUCCUUUCCGUCUUUCCGUUGAUCUCAUUCCUUCGAUCGCUGAGGUGGACGCUGGUGGAGAGACGUCUUUCACCUGUCAGGGUCGCGGACCUACCGAUGCUCCUCUCAAUUUCAAGUGGGAAGUGAAUAACCAGGGAAUCGCACCCAGAGGCAAAUGGGCGAUUUCUGGGGGCAACGGUCAAAUCUUGUCCGUCUCCAAUGUGACUACCUUUGAUAAUCAAUCAAGCAUUAUAUGCACCGUCACGGCUGGCCCGGGACAAUCUGUUAAGACUUACGCAGUACUUGUGGUUAAUGGUAAACCUAUCAGGAGAACGUCCACUUCAUCGAGAGGUAAAUCGUGGAAUCAUCCUUCAACGCGUCAUCCUAUGCUAAGGAACAAGAAUGACCAACAAGAGAGAUCGAGUCUAACCACGUCAAAUUCAAUCAGUAGAAGACUUGUCAUUAUCAUAUCAUUCGGGGCAGUCAUGUUUGGUGUGCUUGUCGGUGCCACAGUCGCAAUCGUAAGUAUCUAUCGGAGUCGCAAGGUAGCCGGGACGCAGUCAAAACCGAAGUCUUUCAAGAGCUCGUUUAAGACCGGGUCUACGAAGAGUUCACGGCAAAUUGGAAAGCGGAACCGCGGGUUCAACAACAGAGGAAGUCGUAUAUGGCGGGAUUCCAGGAGAAUCACCUUCAACGACACUCAGAUUACUUUCGCAGACCCGAUUCUAGAUUACGACGAGCCACCGGCCGAAACGACGUCGACGGACCCUGACGAUAGUUACCUCGGCCUUUGUCCCGACAGUCUGUCGUCGUCGAAAUACGAAGAUCUACAUAGCCAUGUUAUGAACUCGUUAAGCUUCGACCGUUUCUACAACGAAGCGCCGUCGGUUCCGGAACUGGAAUACGAGGAUGUUAUAGCGGAUCGGAAUUGGUCAACGAGAAGCUACCCAGUGAAUAUAAACCAAUGCGAUGAAAGUAUAUACCUCAAUAGGACAUCAGUUCCCUGAUACUGGAAAUCGUGUUGGUAAUUACUAUGUUUAGGAACAAUGGAUGUCCAUUGAUUUAUGGCGACUAUAGACCUCAUCUGAACUACCAUGUGUGAGUUUUUACGUAUUAUGGGAAGGUAAAUACGUGAAAGAUAAAGAUUACUGCUUUAGGUUUUCUCCAUGGAGCUGAUGGAUACUGUCCGAAGGAAACUUUCGCCAACAAAUUCGAAUACCUUCAAAUUUAUCAUUAACAGAAGUAUUCAAUUCUUGUUGUUCUUGUUUUGUAGGAGUGCUGUGCACUCUUGAUGAUGUUGAUCAGUUUUGAUGUGUGUCAAAGAUAUAAUCACGAAUUCGCAAUUAUAUUUCUGAGACAUGUAACUUAUAAGAUGACUUCAAUUUUACAAUAAUGAGCGUUGUUGUAUAUGUUCAGGAAAAAAGUCAUUAAAAAUGAAUUACAUUCGAUUAAGUCUCUAUGAUAUACAGGCCAGUCACGUUACGGUAAUAUACGAAUGCAGAUAAUUUGCCAUCGCUUAUGUCGCAAUGUCUGAUCGUUUAAAUUUUCAUUUCGCAAAUUACUGUCAAUUCUGGUAUUUCCGCUCAGAAAAAAGAGUUAGAAAAGAAGAAAGAAAGGUUUUGAUUUGUGUAGGUAGGUCUCAUACAAUACCUGCGCCCUGUGGCAUCACAUGAAUAAUCACUUAUACAGCGCGUCCCCCCAAAAAUGUCCCUCUGAUAUGCGGCUAAAUUGCUUCAAAAAAUGAAUAUUAUUCUCAAUAAAAUGUAUGACACUAGGAAGCUCAUCUCAUGUUCUAACUUCUAUAAAAAUUUCAUUGGUCUCGCUUCAGUGGUUUUGGCUACACUGUCUAUUAUGUAACAGUGGUGUUUUUCAGCCCAUUCCAAGUUUGCGUGCAUGCAGCACUUCUGUGUGUUCUGCACUUUCUAGCAUUUCAACCCACUUUGACCAUUUUGACCAAGGAAUUCCCUGAUCUGACCAGGGAAAUCUCCAUGAUCUGACCAGGCUCAUCAAAUCACAACCUUGAGCAUGUUCAGAAGGGCAAAACCAAUAUUUGACAGUUUAUUUCAUGUUGAUAACGGGAGAUGCACAAUGAUUAAGACAACGGGUCAUGUCUGUUUCAUGCCUAAUACUGCAUUUUUUGUUUUUAUUACUUGUUUUCGUUAAUAAGCCACUGUGGUCAAGUUAAUUCAAUGUAACUUUUUAAAAGAAAAAAAGUCAAAUAUUUCUCUGGUAAAGUUCCUUUUGGCAAAGGGUGAUUAACUUGUGGAUUCCCCUUUAUUUUUCGGCUUAUUUUACUCAUCCAUCAUUCACAUUUUCUUCAAGUUGGUGCACUGAUUCCCCUAAUCAAUCAUCAAACAAAAUUAAUUUCUUUAUGUUUCUUAUCCUUCUGAACAUGCCCAAGUUUAUGAUAUGAUGAGCCUGGAUAUGAUUAGGGAAAUGUCCCUGCUCAGAUCCUGGAUGUAAAAUGGGGGUUAAAAUGCCAUAGACAAUGCAGAUAUGCAUCAAUGCUGCAAACUUGGAAUGGGCUAAAAUGCACCACUGUUACGUAACAGAGUGUGUAUUCAAAACCGCUGAAGUGCGACCAAUGAAAUUUUCAUAGAAGUCAGAUCAUGAAAUAAGCUUUCUACUCAUGAACAUUUAAUAAUACUACCACAUUUAAGAAUUAAUUCAGUCCUAUGUCAGAGGGACGUUUUUUGGGACGCGCUGUAAGUAUAUUAACACCACUAUAAAUCCAUGGAAAACCAGGUACAACAAAAAAAUACAAUUGAUUGUAUAUAAUAAUCACAUGUCUUCAUGCUAAAGCCCAAGAAUAAUCAUAUGAUGAAGAUCAUGAUCGAAUAUAGUUUUAACAUUAUUUUUAACAAUAUUUAAAUCAAUAUCACUUUAUCAAUCAUAAAUGGAAAUUCAAAUUUAUGCAUGUAGUUAUGGUCAAUACACUUCAUCAAUGUUAGAUGCACAAAUAUUUGAUUUUUUAUACUGUGUGUAUAUAAAUUCCUACUGAUUUCCUUCUUAAUGUUGGAUUGUACUAUGCGAACAUAAAUGGACAUCUAGUCUGCAGAAGCGGGUAUCCGAGAUACAAAUGGUUCUAAUGCAAAGAUUGAAGAGAAUACUAAAGAUUCUGGUCAAGAUGUAUUACAUGCCAGCAUACUCUUUUCAAAAA